AAUAGUAUAAUCAGCAUCGGCCGGCGUCGUUUCCGAACGGGUCGGAUCCAGAAACCCGACCCGAGCGUCAUGGAUUGAACCAAUUCGACCAGCCUCCGCACUCGACGACGACGACUGCGUUCGCCAAUGGAGGAUUGUCGGGCCUUUCAUCUUCCGGAAUUCGAUAUUUUUAUUGAAAUUGGAUUGGGGAGCGCGAACGGCCACAAAGGACAGAAGUAAGUAGAGUGGGAAGAAAACGACGUGCGGGAUCUCCCCGCUAUUCCAUUUUUGGGGUUUGCGGUGUUGUUGGGAAUGUGGUAAAAAGGCAACAGGGCGGACAGUUCGAAGUCAAAGAAGGGAAAGAGCGUUGGGUUAAAGAGAGGGUAUCCCAACCUUCUCACCCUUUCCAUUUGGCGAAACCUCUUGAUGGUUAUGACCUGAAAAUUCCCGAUAUCGAAGGUUGUAUGCGUCCGGGCUUCCAUUUAAUCGUUAAUUUCAAUUUGUGGGCGUUAAUUAGGGAGGAAACAGAAAUUGGGAGAUUUCUGUUGGGGUGAUGAACUCGAGCGCUCCGUCGUCAAGUGGUGGAGCUAUAGCUGGAGCUGGAGAUGUUGGAUCAGCCGUAUCAACUGCACCUAGAAGGAAUUCUAGGCGACCUAAGUAUUCCCGAUUUACGCAACAGGAGCUUCCUGCAUGCAAGCCUAUACUUACUCCUAAAUGGGUGAUCUCAACUUUCUUGCUUAUUAGUGCAGUCUUCAUACCCAUUGGGAUUCUUUCCCUCGCUGCUUCUCGAAAUGUAGUUGAGAUUGUUUACCGGUAUGAGAGUGAUUGCAUUCCUAUUGGUUCAAGAAACAACAGUCUUGCCUUUAUUCAGAGCUCCGAAGAUAAAACUUGCUACAGAAAUAUUACUGUUCCCAAACAUAUGAAGCAGCCAAUUUAUGUCUAUUACCAACUCGAUAACUUCUAUCAAAACCAUCGCAGAUAUGUAAAGAGCCGAAGUGAUCAGCAGCUGAGAAGUCCGGGAAAUGAGAAUGUGACGGAUUCUUGCAGUCCUGAAUCCACAUGGAAUGGGGCGCCUAUUGUUCCUUGUGGUCUUAUUGCGUGGAGUCUGUUCAAUGAUACUUAUACCUUUAAUCGCAGUAACGAGCAAUUGGCUGUAAACACCAAAGGAAUUGCAUGGAAGAGUGACAGGGAUCAUAAAUUUGGGGAUAAGGUCUACCCGAAAAACUUUCAGAAUGGCACCCUGAAAGGUGGCGGUACCCUCGAUCCAUCAAAACCCCUGAGCGAGCAGGAGAACCUCAUUGUUUGGAUGCGAACAGCCGCUCUCCCAACAUUUCGAAAACUUUAUGGAAAAAUACAAGUCGAUCUUGAGGAGAAUGACACAAUCCACGUGGCGAUAGGAAACAACUAUAACACGUACAGCUUUAAUGGCAAGAAGAAACUGGUUCUUUCGACUACCAGCUGGCUUGGAGGGAAGAACAGUUUUGUGGGCAUUGCAUACCUCACCGUUGGUGGAAUGUGCUUUUUCUUGGCCGUUGUUUUCAUGCUUAUUUAUCUGAUCAAACCGAGGCGACUUGGAGAUCCGUCGUAUUUGUCAUGGAACCGGAAUCCAGGUGAGCACUAAUGCAAGCUCACAAACUGCUCGUUUGUUGUUCAAAGUUGAAGUUUGUUCGCAAUCUUGUAUUCUUACCUUGGAAAGGCGUUGUGUGAAGAUUCGAUCACCGAUGAUCGGUCCUAAGACCAUUUCUGAAUCGCCAUAUUCUCCUAGUUUGUAUGAGCUGAAUCUGUAACACUGAUACUCAAAGGACUCAAUUGUUAACUGUGGAACUGCCGUGUACGGCCGAAUGAUGCCCGGCCGCCCCCGCCGGAAUCUUUUCUGUGACUCCCACGUUUGAUGAUGAGAGUAACGUUUUGUGUUUGGACCUUCUUAUUGUUUCCUUACGAUGAUGCCUGAUUGUAUUUAGAUAUUGAUGAAACCUGCGAAUUUGGCCUUGUCCCAGAAAGCUACCCAUCCCAUCCUUCUUGUGGAAUAUUAUGUGCAUUUAUGCUUGCAAAUAUAUAACAUCUCUUUAUUUAUGCUACAAGUGAAAUUGCUGUA